UUUGGCGCGUGUUCUGUUCGCUGCCCCAUCGAAAGAUCCAUUAGAGACGAGAGAGAGUUUUCUGAGAUUGAGCAUCGAAUAUUGAGAAUCUUGAGAGCAAUUCCAUUCCGAUUGAGGGGAGGAGGAGACUCUUCCAUGCGUUCGCAUUGAAAGGGAGAGCGCACUGAACUCAGUCUCGCCAAGGAGCAGCCACCGGGCAGUCCAUAGUCCACGGCAAUUACAAUCCGGAAAAUAUUUAGAAAGCCGUAAUAAACAGAUUUGCCCAGAGACCGUUGCGGCAUGUUCAAAGCGUCGCAGGAGAUGCGUUUGAACACCAAUGCAGCUGCCUCUCUGUGUCCGAGUGGGAGUGGUGGGAUCGAGGGGCCGAGUGCGGAGAAGGAGGGUAUUUUUGGGCGCUACCAGCGCACGCCCGACGCGGAUGCGUAUCCCACAGAGCCGCCCCGCGUCUUCAUAGCUCCCGAGCUGACCGACGCGGGCAGGGUGCAAUUGCUGCACUUUCCCAGCGGAGCUGUCCGCAUCAACAGCUCCGUCAGCUUCAUCCUCAAGCGGAACGGUGUUAAAGGGAACUUUGAUGUGCGGGUGGAGGGUCCCAGCGGCCAGCUGGAGACCGUGCAGCAGCAGCAGUUGGACCCGGAGCGCUUCCAGAUCGACUGCCAGCUGUCCUCUGGUGCAGGACUCUACAAGGUGCACGUCAAAUGCAACUCCGUGACUCUGCCCCGGUCUCCCUUCAUCAUAGUAGCCAUAGCGGGAGCUCCCGAGGCCACGGAAACAAAAUCCAGCAGUCCAGCAGGAGUGCCUAUCUUUCAGUCGGAUGCCAGCAAGGUACAGAGCCGGGGCCUAGGACUCUCGCACAUGAGCUGCCUGGAGAGGAACGAGUUCACCGUGGACUGCAGCCAGGCGGGUAGCAACAUGCUCUUCGUGGCCAUCCUGGGACCACGGGGCCCCUGCGACGAGGUGCUGGUGAAGCAUCUGGGCCGCAACGUACAUCGGGUCACGUACCGCGUGUCGGAUCCUGGGGAUUACAUUUUGGUGGCCAAGUGGGGGGAACAGCACAUACCGGGGUCGCCCUUCAGCCUGGCCACCGAAUAGGAGUUGGAGGAGUAGAAUAAAUGUGAAUAGACGAAAAUCUGAUGGUGACC